AUGGAUUUCGUUGUCGACAACAGUUGGAUUGUUCCAUAUUCGCCACUUAUUUCUAAAACAUUCAAGACACAUUGCAACGUUGAGUAUUGCAAUUCAGUAAAGUCCAUAAAAUAUAUUUGCAAAUAUGUCACGAAAGGCAGCGAUAUGGCGGUUUUUGGAUUGCAAUCCUCAAAUACCAACCAUGAAAUUUCACGCUAUCAAGUUGGUCGUUAUGUAAACUGUAAUGAAGCGAUUUGGCGUAUAUUCGCAUUCCCUAUUCACGAACGUCAUCCUACUGUUGUGCAUUUGGCGGUGCAUCUGGAGAAUGGUCAACGAGUAUAUUUCACGGCUUCGAAUGCUAUGCUACGUGCUGGAACACCUCCAGCAACUACAUUGACCAGUUUCUUUGCGAUCUGCCAAAGCGAUCCGUUUGCACGAACUUUGCUUUACUCGGAGAUGCCACGUUAUUAUACUUGGAAUGCUUCAUCGAAGAAUUUUCAAAGACGGAAAGAAGGCGAUGCGGUUCCUGGGUAUCCGGAUGUGCGUUCUACUGAUGCUCUUGGUCGUAUGUAUACAGUUCAUCCAAAGAAUGAUGAAUGUUUCUAUUUGCGGUUGUUGCUGGUAAAUGUGCGUGAGCCAACGUCAUUUGAGACACUACGGACUGUUAAUGGUGUAAUAUUCCCAACAUAUCGUGCUGCAUGUGAAGAACUGAACUUAUUAGAAAACGAUAAACAUUGGGAUACGACAAUCGCUGAAGCCAUUAUCUCUGCAUCUCCAAGUCAGAUACGCACAUUAUUCGCUAUCAUAAUUUCGACAUGCUUUCCAUCAAACCCAUGUAACCUGUGGCACAAAUAUAAGGAUAAUAUGUCAGAAGAUAUUUUACAUCAAAUUCGUAUCACUUCCAGAAAUCACGAUGUUGAGAUAAAUGAGGAGAUACAUUAUUGUGCUUUACUCUUGAUCGAAGAUAUGUGUUACCUCAUGUACGGUAGUUUAUUAAUCAGGUUAGGAAUGCCAGCGCCCAAUCGUGAAAUGAAUGAUGCAUUUAAUCGAGAAUUGGAACGGGAACGUGAAUAUGAUCACCAAGAAUUAGAUUUAGUAGUUCAAAAGAAUGUUCCCCUGUUGAAUUCCCAACAAAAGGAAGUUUAUGAUACUUUAAUGAAGGCAAUCGAUGAUGGAAAUGGUGGUUUAUAUUUCCUAGAUGCCCCUGGUGGAACAGGUAAGACAUUCCUCAUGUCAGUAGUUUUAGCCACUGUUCGUGCGAGAUCCAACAUAGCGGUUGCAUUUGCUUCUUCUGGAAUAGCAGCCACAUUGUUAGAAGGAUGCCGUACGGCUCAUUCAGCAUUAAAAUUACCGUUAAAUCUUCAAACUAUUGAAGAACCAACGUGUAAUAUUACGAAAAAUUCAGCAAUGGCCAAAGUUUCAUCUGGGACGAAUGCACAAUGGCGCAUAAACGUAUAUAAAUUGGAAGCACUUAACCGAACAUUGAAAUAUUUACGGAAUGACUCGAGAUGUUUUGGAGGAGCAAUGAUUUUACUGUCUGGCGAUUUCCGCCAAACAGUACUGCCAAACUGCCAGUAA